AUGGAAAAUACUAGUUUUAUUGAAAUAACAAACCAAUAUCGACAACAAAAGAAACAUCAAAACAUGUUUAUAUCUAACUGUUCUCUAUUUUUAACAUUUGAGCAUACAACAGAGCAAACGAUUCGACUGGCUAUUCUUUUUAUACUUUAUCAUCAAUAUGCAGCAUUACCUCUAGAACAGAACCCUUUUUUAGACUUCUUUUUAGACUUGCUUUCACACUCUACUUCAAUUGAACAGCAUUUUAUUUAUUGUAUAUUAGAAGGCACUAUUUCCAGUAUUGCUCAUUGUUCACCAUUUGAGAUCUGUAAUGAACCAAUAUUACCUCCGAUCAAGAAGGAUGUCAAACGGAUCAACGCGUUAAGGCAAAAAGUAACAAAACUGAUUGACGACCCAUAUACUGUCAUUCUAGAUGAUCGCAUUAUUGAACUACUCUCUAUAGCGUCAAAUAGACUAUUGGCUUUAUCAGAGAAUGAAGCAUUACGAAAGGAAAACUUAUCAAAUUAUCCAUUAUCAGAUAUCAUCUUGCCUCAUCAAUUACCACAAUUGAUCAAUUUAAACCAAUUCCUGGCAUUUGAUAUAGUACCACUCUUACUUCAAUCUAAAAAUAAGGACGACUAUUUAGAGGCAAUACUAAGUAGUCCAGUGACCUCACAGUCAAUAGAAAUAAUGCAUCAUGUCCUUGUUCAUCAAAAGGUCAGGCUAUCAUCAGAAUUUAUUCACUAUUAUAUAUCAAAUAGCAUACGUUCAUGUGACCAACUCGAAGAAGGUUCAAAGCAAGAUAAACAGGUCAAGCAGGUAGCUAGAUUUACUCAGUCUUUAUUAGAACAGGAUAUUAUACACAUGGCAGAUUAUUUUGUUGAAGUUCAAGCCUUUUGUGUAUCUUUUAUGAGAAUAAAAGGUGUAGCCCAACUAUUCCGCUUAGCUUCCAAUGAAGCUAGACAGUGGAAUACAUGA